AUGCAUCAAUAAUUGCCGCCAGAAUAACUAGAUAGACUUAUUUGUUUAGAAGCUAGAAUUCAUAAGAAAUCGAAAGAGGAAAUCAUAUAAGAGCAAUACUUAUAGAUGGAAAGUGAGAAGCAAACAGAUGAAAAUGAUCGUAAUAAGCUGAAUGUAGAUUCUAAUAAAAAGUCUGAUGACUUAAAAUGUUCAUUAAACAGCGAAAAUUCUCCAUAGAAUUUAUUUCCAUCAUAGAAUUUGAGUCCUGUUUAAAAGAAAAGCAUAAUUACUAAGAAGCAUUCAUAGUCAAAAAAAAAGAAAAAACCUAAAGAAGGAUAAUAAAAAGAUGUAUUUUGAUUGAAAAAAUUCAUAGAUCACUUAGUAUUUGUAGUAUUAAAAAAAGUAAUAAAAAGCAAAGAAGUCCGAAUAAAAAUUAAUCGAAUAUUCAAUCUAAGACUCUCCAUUUAAAAAUAAAAGUCCAUUACCAUACGAUCCAAAUAUAGAAAAAUAACUAAAAGAAAAAUAAAACUAAAUUGCAAUUUCUGAAAUAAAAAUAAAAGAAUUAGAAACUCAUAACUCUGAACUUCGUGAAACUAUAUCGGUAUGUAUGAAAAUAAUUUUAGACUUUGACUGAGUAACAAUUAAAAAUGUAAGAUGUAGUUAAAUUAUUCGCUAUAGAGAAUGAAAAACUUAAAAAAUAAUAAUUAUAAACCUAAUUGCAAACAAAUAGAGUUAGACUUGGUGAGUAUGUGGUUUAGAGAGAGAAAACAGCUUUAGUUGAUGUUUGGAUUGAUGGACAAGAAUUGAAGGAUGCCAAAGAAUAGUCAAAAAAAUUAGAGAAUUUAAAAACAGAUAUAGAAAACAAAAAGAAAAACUCAAAAAAUAAAGAAGAAUAAGAAAUGAGAACUCUAAAUGUUAAGCUAAAUUUUUUAGUUAAAGAGGAAUAAUAACUAUACGAAACAGUUGAGAGAUUAGAAACAGAAAAGAAUUUGCAUAUAAAACAAUUAAAAAGAGUUUAUGAAGAAGAACAUGCAAGAUUUACAAAAAAUAAUGAUUAUCCAUUAAUUGGUGAAAGAUAUUAGGUUUUAAGUCUAUUAGGAAAAGGUGGAUUCAGUGAGGUUUAUAAAGUAAAUAAUCAUUUAAAUUAGGCCUAUGAUCUUUAAGAAUUAAGAGAAGUAGCAUGUAAAAUUCAUUAAUUAAAUUCUAAUUGGUCAGAUCAUGCAAAACAAAAUUACAUAAGACAUGCAAUUCGUGAAAAUAGAGUUCACAAGGAAUUAAAUCAUCUUCAUAUAGUAAAGUUAUAUGAUUCUGUUGAAAUUGAUAAAUCUUCUUUUUGUACAGUUUUAGAAUUGUGUGACGGUCCAGAUCUCUCUUAUUAUAUUAAAAAGUAUAAAUGCUUUCCAGAAAAGGAAGCAAAAUUGUUGAUUGGAUAAAUAAUCUCUGCUAUUAAAUACUUGAAUAAUCAUAAGAAUAAAAUUAUUCAUUAUGAUUUAAAACCAUAGAAUAUUUUAUUCCAUCUAAAUGAAUUGAAAAUUUCAGAUUUUGGUCUAUGUAAAGUUUUAGAAGAUGACAAUUCAAAAUUAUAACUUACUUCUCAAGGAGUUGGUACAUAUUGGUAUUUGCCUCCUGAAUGUUUUCAUAUGGGUGACUAACCUCCAAAUAUUUCUAGCAAAGUGGAUAUUUGGAGUAUUGGAGUAAUAUUUUUUGAGAUGCUGUUCGGUUAAAAGCCAUUUGGCUAAGGUAUCAGCUAAGAAAAGAUAUUAAAAGAAUAAGUAUAUUUUAUUUAAAUCAUAGAUAAUUGUAAAAUCUCAAUCAGUAACUUUUCCUUAGAAACCUAUAAUUUCAAAUGAAUGCAAAGAAUUCAUUAGAGGUUGUCUUGCUUAUAAUCAAGUUGAUCGUUUGGAUGUGCAUUAAGCUUCCAAUCAUUCAUACUUUUAAAAAAAAUAAAAUUGA